AUGGCUAAUAUCUUAGCGCAAUUGCUAGAGCAACAAGGCCGAACUCCAGUGAAUCAACCUAGGAGCCCUGAAAAUGGAGAGGACAGGGCUCUAAAGCAUUUUCAAAAGUUUGUUCCUCUUAAGUUCCUUGGAGGGCCUGAUCCAGAGACGGCUGAGCAUUGGUUGGAGGCUAUGGUUAAUAUUUUUAUGGCCUUGAAUUAUACGGAGGAAAGACAAGUGACAUUUGCUGUCUUUCAGUUUGAGAGACCCGCUCGGGCAUGGUGGAAUGUUAUCAGGGCAAAGUGGGAGAGAGAACAAACGGCAUGGACUUGGGUAAACUUUAUGAGAGAGUUUAAUGAGAAAUACUUCCCACCUCUGGUCCAAGAGAAGAGAGAGGAUAAUUUUAUUAGGUUACGUCAGGAAACCUUAAGCGUAGCCGAAUAUGAAACCCAAUUCACUAAAUUGUCUAAAUUUGCUCCUGAAGUAGUGGUUACGGAGCAGAGAAGGGUGAGACGGUUUAUACAGGGGUUGAAUCUGGAGAUCCAAGAAGCUUUAGCAGCUGCUCAAAUUCACAUUGCAAAAGCAAAAGAGACUACCACCAAGCCUAUCAACAACAUAACGACAUCACUGAACCAUACUCACAGUCAUCGUCAUCAAGUAUCGGCAGAAACUGAGGGUGCUUAG